UAAGUCUGAAUCCAGUUUUAAAACCAUCACCUUAUUGUUUGUGUGCCUAAAACGAUUUCAAGAUGAAUACAAUAUUUUUAGUCCAUGUUUUUGUACGGUGGCCAACUUUUUCGUCAGUAAACAAAUAAAAACGACCUUAUGGAUUCAUUUUUGAGCCUGUUUGAUCCGUCCUGCGACGACAACAGCGAUGAUGACACCGAUCUCGUCGAAAAUUCUCUUCCGCCAGAACCCCAACAUGGUAACAUCGAGUACAAGCUGAAAAUUAUUAAUCCGUCUAAGCAGAGAUUUGAACAUUUAGUUACGCAGAUGAAAUGGCGUUUACGAGAGGGCCAAGGCGAAGCGAUUUACGAGAUUGGUGUAGAAGAUAAUGGAGUGUUAACAGGAUUAUCAGAUAGAGAUAUGUUGGACAGUUUGAGUACCUUAAAAGAGAUGGCUUAUAAACUGGGUGCAACGACGACGAUUUUGCGUGAACGGACGUUGGAUAACGGGAGGAUUGCGACAGAGGUUUUGGUCCGUAAAGUCCCUGAUGACCAGAAUAACAUUGAAAUACGAGUAGCCGUUUUGGGCAAUGCCGAUGCCGGCAAAUCUACGUUAUUGGGUGUCUUAACGCAAGGAAAUUUAGACAAUGGACGUGGUAGGGCGAGAUUAAACAUGUUCAGGCAUCUACAUGAAAUACAAAGUGGACGAACUUCAUCAAUUUCUCAUGAAAUCUUGGGAUUUAAUUCACAGGGUGAACCAGUAAAUUAUAGUUAUAGCGAACUAAUGACAGCAGAAGAAAUUUGCGACAUUUCAACAAAACUAGUUACAUUCUUAGACUUGGCAGGACAUAGAAAAUAUAUUCAUACGACAAUUCAGGGAUUAUCGGGAUAUUCUCCACAUCAUGCUAUGCUAGUGAUUUCAAGUGCAGCAGGAGCAGUAGGAAUGACUCACGAACAUCUAACAAUAGCUGUGGCUUUAGACGUCCCCUUCUUUAUAGUAAUAACAAAGAUCGAUUUGGUGGAACCAACAAAAACGUUGCAAACGUUAGAAUCAAUUUUAAAACAAGCUGGAAGUCGGCGAGUCCCACUCGUGAUCCAAAAUUUGGAUGAUGUGAUCACGGCGGGGGCGAACCAAUUAACACAAAACAUAGUACCUAUUUUUUGUGUUUCAAGCGUUACGGGGGAAGGAUUAGAUUUGUUGUUGAAGUUUUUGCAUGUUCUUCCACCGGGGGUCUCGAAUAACGAACGAGAACGGCUCGAGCAACAAACCCCAGAAUUUCAAAUUGACGAGAAUUUCCGAGUGUCUGAUGUUGGACAAGUUUUGGGGGGACUUUUGGUUAAAGGUACAUUAAAUGAGGGGACUCCAAUGCAAUUGGGGCCAUUAAAAAAUGGAAAUUUUGUUCCGGUUAAUAUUAAAAGUAUUCAUCGAAAUCGAUUUCCGUGUAGGAGCGUUCGAGCGGGGCAAAGCGCCGCUGUUAGUUUGGAUGUUGAAGUACCAGAUUUGAGAAAUGGGAUGGUUUUAUUAAGCCGUGGUGAACCUGCGAUGGGUUGCAAAUAUUUUCAAGCAAGCGUUUCGCUGCUAUAUCAUCGCACAGCGAUCUUUCAAGGUUUCCAAGCAACGGUACAUAUCGGCAAUAUUCGACAAACGGCGGUUAUUUUCGCUAUAUUUCCGUCGAAAUGUAUUCGGGUGAACGAAAAAGCUUCAGUUAUAUUUGCUUUCAUGAAUCACCCGGAAUAUGUAAAAGUAGGGCAAAGGUUGUUGUUCCGAAGCGGGAGUUCUAAAGGAAAAGGUGAAGUAACUCAAGUCUUUCCGUUACAUUAAUGCGUCUUUAUUUCUAUUUUUUUUGGAUUAAUUGUUUUGAGUACCUGAGUUGUGAUUACAGAAAAAUAUAUUAAAAAUUAAUAAAUUAACUUAAUUAACACGACAAAUCGAUAACGAUCUCAGAAAUAAAUCACUUAUUAGAUGAACUUGUAUGCAAUAUAGCAAUUAGUUGAACAAAAAGAAAUCACUAAAUAAACUAAUCUAAUGAAAUAAUUCUAAUGAAGGAAGCACAAAAAAUUCAGAAUAUUUUUAAAGGACAGUAUUACGCCGAGAACUUCAUACCCUCCAUAGAAAUUAGCGUGUAAGGAUACUGGCUGUGGAGUAAACGUCUAUUUUAGGAGAGUUUUAUUUUAAAUUUUGAUUUUUUAUUUUAACAAGUCUUUUUGGGGGGGUAAGGAGCUCUUUGGGCGAGAGUUUUGCUGUGGAUCUUUGUAAAAAAUAAAAGUAGAAAUAUUGAGGUAACAUAUUUAUUGUAAUGUUGAUUAAAAAAAAUAAAUGUU